AUGAAUUUAGUUGACCAGAAAAGAGAGUCACCAGGCACGGUGCAUCUCGUAGACAUCGACGGCGACAUUCACGCAAAGAAACUCAACAUCAACGUCUGCAAUGGCAUCGUACUCACACCCACGCCAAGUGCUGAUCCAAAUGACCCGCUCAAUUGGUCCAAGUCGCGCAAAUGGCUAGCCACUACUUGUGUCUUGUUGUUCACCUGGAGUAUAUGUGUUUCGUCUUCAGCAUGCUAUUCGGUAUUUGUACCCAUAAAUGCCGAGAGCGGCAUCAGCUUCGACAACCUCAACGAAGGUACCGGAUACAUGUACCUGCUUUUUGGCUGGGGUUUGCUCUUCUGGCAGCCCUUGGCUCUCACAUAUGGUCGGAGAGGAGUGUAUCUUAGCUGUUUGCUCGGUACCUGUUUGAUGAAUGUCUGGGCUGGCUACGCAACCACUAACGAGACUUGGAUCGCCACUAGAGUCCUUAUUGGCUUUUUUGGAGCUCCAUCUGAGGCUUUGGCUGAGGUUUCCAUGACGGAUCUUUGGUUCACUCAUCAACGAGGAACAUAUAUUGGUCUUUAUGCAAUGGCUCUCUAUGGCGGGCAGUGGGGAGCGGUUCCUGCUGGUUUCAUAAAUGACACCAUGGGGUGGCCGUGGGUGCUGUUCUUCUGCGCUAUCCUGAAUGGGCUUGCUUUCCUAGUUUGCUUUUUCUUUAUGGAGGAGACUAUGUACCAUCGACAAGUACUUCCAAUUCAACAGAUCAACAACGAGAUCGAGGUUGCAGCCACACCAACCGCGGGCGAAGACAAUAAAUCAGAAAAAGACCAGUCGACAAUCACUCGACAGCUUUCCCAGGCUGUGGUGGAGUCAUAUUUGACCAAGACUUACUGGCAGAAGUUAAUGCCUUUUACACCUCUUAAUGGUCGGCGAAACACCUUCUUGGAGAUGAUGUAUAUGCCCCUUCGAAUGUUCCGGUUCCCCUCUAUCGUCUUUGCUGGAUUCAGCUAUGGCUGCUUCCUUAAUUGGUAUGCCAUGGUCAAUGCAGUAAAUAGUGCAGCUUUUACUGCUCUACCUUAUAACUGGACCGCAGCGAAUGUUGGCCUAUCCUACAUUGCCGAAAUAGUCGGUACGUACUUUGCAGGUUUUAUUGCCGGCAGACUUGCCGACAGACUAAGCAUACGUCUUGCAAAAUCCAAUAACGGUGUCAUGGAACCCGAAUCCAGAUUGUGGAUGUUUGUUUCACUAGCUAUUCUAGCUCCACUCGGACUUAUAAUUUACGGAGUCGGUGCUGCUCAGGGAUGGAACUACUGGGCACUCCUUAUCGGUAUGGUUGCCAUUGGCUUUGUGGGGCCUGCUGCGGGUUCUCUCACCAUUACCUAUGUUGUGGACUCGUUCCAUGAACUUAGUGGUGAGGGUCUCAUUGCAGUUGUUCUCAUUCGGAACACAUUAAACUUCGGUUUCAAUUAUGGCGUGACUCCAUGGGUAGAUUCAAUGGGUAUGCAAAAUUCCUUCAUUACUGCUGGUCUGGUUGCAUUCGUGACCACGCUCGUGUUUGUCCCAUUCAUUAUCUGGGGUAAAAGGAUGCGAAUGUGGGGCGCACCAGCCUACUGGCGUUUGGUUGAAAGGUCAGUCGCGGUCUAA